UUAGCAACUAAAAAUGAUCCGUUACCAAAGUGUUGUUCCGUUCAUGUCCACCAACAUGAACCCACUUCGGAGACACAGUGAGAGAGAGUUCCAGAGAGAGAGGAGAGUGGGCAAAUUUCAUUUCCCCAAAACCCACUUUUUUGGGUUGAUUUGAUUUUGAAUCUGUGUGAAGGAUAAAAAUGGUAGCAAAAACCCCACCAAAGCAGAGGAAAAUGGUGGCUCCUCUCAACCCCACUCUUCUCAGAGACACGGUUGACAAGGUGGAUAAGUGUAUGGAAAGAUUGCAAGAGCUUCAAUACACAGUGUCAGGUGGGAAGAAGGUGAUAUCAGGUGUGAGCCUCAGUCCUCGCAGUACCAGAGGUUACCUGAGGACUAGCCUCAGGUGCAAACAAGAGUCUUUGAGGAUCAAGAAUGCUAACUCUCGGAAAUCAUCUCCACCAGGGAAGUUGCCAACAAAUACAGGGGAAUGGCGGCGAAUGUCGUUGCCGGCGAUGCUCGUCGGAGAAACAGUCGGAGAAAUUCUACAAGCAAGUCUAUUCGCCAGACAAAUACUCACAUCCGUCUCUUCCAAAUCCUCCUCCGACAACCCCAAAACUCCGGUGAAUCUCCGGCGACAGCAAAACCAGACUCAACCAAACCCUAAAACCUCCGAUCAACUUCGAUCUCGAAGAAACAGAGAGAAACAAGUCAAAUUGCAAUCGAUCCGAUUGGAAUCUGACUCUCCCUCCCUCCAAAGAGCUCGAUCUCGCAUCAAUUUCAAGCAGCCUUUCCCGGAAAACGAGAAGGAAAAUGUACGCUACUCUGCGAACAGAGUGUCUCCGAGGAAUCGGCCUUGGGCGAGGAAGACUGUGCUAUUUCCGAAUCCAUUGUUUCAUUCAUCGCCGCCUAAAAAUCAUCACAAGUUCUGCAAGACGAAGUCUCCGCACAAGUUCUUGAUCAGAACUAGGUCUCCGCCGCCGCUUUCUCUUUCUCUCCCCCCCACCAGAUCUACGAGCUUGAGCAAGAAGAAUGCUUUGAAGCCUUCGUCAUCAACUGCUGCGAAGCUACGCAGAUCGUUUUCGCCUUCGAGAUUGGCGAAUAGAUUGGUGUCGCCAUUGAAGAGCAGCAAGACUGUGCAGAGGAGUGAUGAUGGGCUAGUGAUUCGUUCCGAUUCGACUCCCAUGCGAUUCAAUGCUCGGAGAAUAUGAAAGGUUCAUCUUCUUUUUUCAUCGUGUUAAUUCUCUGUUUGUUUGGAGAUUGAAUUGAUUCUAUUUUCUUGUCUGUUUUUUGUGGUAUUUUCUCUCAAUGUCCAUUGUUGAUUGUUUUUAUUUUUUCUUUACUUUUGAUAUGUAAUUAUGAGGUAUUCAAUCAAUAAUAAGAUUUUCUUGUGCAA